UCCCGCUCCUGCUUCCGGGCGGCGCGGCCGCGGGAGGCGGUAGUCCGGAGCUCGUGGCGGCGUGGCCCUGAGGCCUCUUUUCGGGGCUCCUCCUCCGCGCGCCCGGUGAGCUCGCCUGUCCCCGCGGGUCCCCGCCGGGUGCCGAGCCUGUAACCAGCCCCAGCCCCCUGCGGGGCGGAGCCGGUGCCCGCGGUCGCCGAGCCCCGCGUCCGUCCUGAGACCCGGGCCCUGAGGGCGGCCUGGGCCCCGCGUCAGGGUUCUGCCCGCGGCCGGCGGGGAGCCGGGGGAGGCCCUGCCGCCGCUGUCCGCGCAUCUUCUCCGGGGCCGUGAGCCGUGUCCGCACAGCGCCCGGUGGGGGAGGAGCCCGAGCAGCCCGAGGCCGAGGCGGAGAUGGCGGCCGCCCAGGGACUGUUGACCUUCGGGGACGUGGCUGUCAGGUUCUCCCAGGAGGAGUGGAAAUGCCUCGUGCCUGCCCAGCGGGCCUUGUACAGGAGCGUGAUGCAGGAGAACUACAGCAACCUGGUCUCUGUGGCAGUGUCUUCUCAUUACAAAAAAGAAUUGUUACCCCAGGAAGCGAUAAAAGACUCAUUCCAAAAAGUGAUCCUGGGAAGAUAUGGGAGCUGUGACCAGAGGCAUUUACACCUGAGGACACACGGGGACAGUGAGGAGGAGCGUGAAGGGCAGGGUGGCUCUCACGAAGGAAUGCAGAGUCACAGAAGGGGUGCCCGUGACAGACCCCUCCCUGUGGGUGGAGCCCAUCAGGAUGUGUCGGGGAGCAAAGCCCAACUUAAGUCAGUUCCUAUUGCUGAACAUUGUGUUACUGUGAGUGAAUGUCAUCAUCCCGUUUUGAAACAUAACUUUUCUCAAACAGACAGCUCGGAAAAUCUUAAAGUUGAGCAAGGACAUGAUUCUAAUAAUUUCAGUCAUUUUAAAUACAGCGAAGCACAAGACAUUCAGUCAUAUAAUUCCGAGGACCAAAGAUGUAAUGAUGAGAAAAUGUGCCAGUAUGUUGAAACUGAAAAUUGUUUCAUGAAAGAUUCAUUAUUCUUCGAUCAACAGGUAAUUCCUAUUCAAUCUCAUACACACAGUUUUCUUAACUAUCAGAGAGACUCUAUCCACCCAUCAUUGCUUAAUGAAUGUCAGUAUACAGACAGUGAGGAAAAAUCUUCCAUGUAUAAUAAAAGUAAGCAGGCCAUCAGAACCGGCUCUCUAUUAAAUAAUUGCCAAGGUAUGUACAUUCUAGAGAGAAGAUACCAAUCUGUGGAAACUGGAGUAACCUACAACAGAGGAUCAAGCCGUAGAGAACAUCAGAGAAAUGAGAUUCCUGCAAACCAUUCCCCAUGUGACAAAUGUGGACAACUCUUCCAGGAAUGUGACAAACCUUCUGAACAUUUCACAAAAGUGAAUAAACAUCACAGUAUUCACACUGAUGAGAAAGCUUGCAAAUGUAAAGAAUAUGUGAAUGCCUUUAGCGAAUCUUCCCUUUUAAGCAGUCAUGAGAUGAUCCACUCUGGAAAGCAACCAAUCCAACAUGACGAAUGCAGUAAAUCGUUCACUAAUUCCUCAGCUCUUGCUGUUAGUGAGAGAAUUCCUACAGGAGAGAAGCCUUACACAUGUAAAAUAUGUUGCAAAGCCUUUAAGUGGCGCUCAAGCCUUACUAAACAUGAGAGAAUUCAUUCUGGACAGAGACCUUACAAGUGUGAAGAGUGCAGCAGGUCCUUUACUUCUUCCUCAAGUCUUACUGUCCACCAGAGAAUUCAUACAGGAGAGAAACCUUACAAGUGUGAGGAAUGUGGCAAAGCCUUUACUUAUUUUGCAAGUGUUAAUGUGCAUAAGAGAAUUCAUACUGGAGAGCAUCCCUACAAGUGUAGAGAAUGUGGCAGAUCCUUUAGAUGGAGUUCACAAUUUACUGAACAUAAGAGAAGUCAUUCUGGACAGAGACCUUACAAGUGUAAAGAAUGCAGCAAAUCCUUUACAUCUUCAUCAAGUCUUACUCUUCACGAGAGAACUCAUACUGGAGAGAAACCUUACAACUGUAAAGAAUGUGGCAAAGCGUUUAAGCGGGGCUCACACCUUAGUCGACAUCGGAGAAUUCAUUCUGGACAGAAACUUUACAAAUGUGAAGAAUGCAGUAAGUCCUUUACGUGUUCCUCAUAUCUUAAUGUGCACCAAAAGAUUCAUACAGGGGAAAAACCAUACCAGUGUAAAGAAUGCAGCAAAACCUUUGCAUAUUCCUCGAGUCUUAAUUUGCAUGAGAGAACUCAUACUGGAGAGAGGCCUUACAAGUGUAAGGAAUGUGGAAAAUCCUCUCAGUGGCCCUCACACAUUAAUCAACAUGAGAGAAUUCAUUCUGGACAGAAACCUUACACAUGUAAAGAAUGCAGCAAGUCUUUUACUACCUCUGCAAGUCUUACUGUGCACCAGAGAAUUCAUACAGGAGAGAAACCUUACAGAUGUAAAGAAUGUGGCAAAAUGUUUACUUAUUCCUCAAGGCUUAAAGUACAUGAGAGAAUGCAUACUGGAGAGAAUCCUUACAAGUGUAACAAAUGUGGCAAAUUCUUUACUUGUUCCUCAAGUCUUAAAGCGCAUGAGAGAGUUCAUAGUGGAGAGAAGCCUUACAAGUGUACAGAAUGUGACAAAGCCUUUAAAUGGGGCUCUCAGCUUGCUGAACAUAAGAUAAUUCAUUCUGCAUUGAAACCUUACGAAUGCACAGAAUACAGCAAGUCCUUUACUUUUUCCUCAGGUCUUUCUGUGCAUCAUGGAAUUCAUACAGGAGAGAAGCCUUACAAGUGUGAGGAAUGUGACCAAUCCUUUAAGUGGGGCUCACAACUUACAAAACAUCAAAUAAUUCAUUCUGGACACAGACCUUACAAGUGUGAAGAAUGCAGUAAGACAUUUACUUCUUCCUCAAGUCUUACUGUGCACGAGAGAAUUCAUACCGGAGAGAGACCUUACAAGUGUGAGGAAUGUGGAAAAGGCUUUAAGCAUGACUCACACCGUCAUCGACAUCAGAGAAUUCAUUCUGGACAGAAACCUUUCAGAUGUGAACAGUGCAACAAUUCCUUUACGUCUUCCUCAAGUCUUAUUGUGCACCAGAGACUGCAUACAGGAGAGAAGCCUUACAAGUGUAAAGAAUGUGGGCAAUCCUUCACUUACUCCUCCAGUCUUACUGUGCAUGAGAGAAUUCAUACUGGAGAGAAGCCUUACAAGUGUAAGGAAUGUGGAAAAGCAUCUCGGUGGUCCUCACACCUUAAUCAACAUCGGAUAAUGCAUUCGGGACAGAAACCUUACAAGUGUACUGAAUGCAGCAAGUCCUUUAGGACUUCCUCAAGUCUUAAUGUUCAUGAGAGAAUUCAUACUGGAGAGAAACCUUACAAGUGUAAAGAAUGUGACAAAGCCUUUAAGCGGGGCUCACACCUUAUUCAACAUCAGAGAAUUCAUUCUGGAGAGAAACCAUACAAAUGUAAUGAAUGUGGCAAAUCCUUUACUUGUUCCUCAACUCUUAGAGUGCAUGAGAAAAUUCAUAGUAGAGGGAACCUUAAAAGUGUAAAGAAUGUGGAAAAGUCUUCAGUGAUUCAUUUAGUAUAAAUAAAUGCAAGAAUAUUGUAAGUGGAGUGAAACAACACAAGUAUAAAGAAUGGAUCAAAGCAUUUCUCCAGGCCUCAGUCCUUAGUAAAUGUCAGAAAAUUAAUUCUGGACAGAAACCUUACAAAUGCAUAGCAUGCAGAAAUUUUUUUACAUGUCCCUAAAAACUUAGUCUUCAUCAGAGAGUUCAUAUGGAGAGACACCUUGCAAAUAUAGAAUGUUGCAAAGCCUUUAUGCUGUGCUCAAGCCUUACUGCACACCAGAAAAUUCAUACUAGGGAGAAACUUGAUUUUUCCAAACAUACAGGAAGGAGUUUUGUGUAAACUAUACAUGUAGGGAACAUGAAAGCUUUUAUAUGGGAGAAAAGAAGCUAUAAGCUGACCAUGGCAAAGCUGUCAACUGUUUCUCACAUACUGUACAAAUGAAAAUUCAUAGUGGAGAGAAAACAUACUGAUAUAGUUAAUACAGAAAUAAUGUGGCCAAAGAAAUUGCCCUUAGAAACAUGACGGUCUUCAUAAUGUAGAGACUUUACAGGGGCAACAUACUGUUGGAAAGUAUUUAAGUGAAAAAUGUAAAGUAGCCAGGAAUGAACUACAUAAGAAAACUCUUAAGACACCACAUUUUUUAGAGGUUAGUCUCACAGUUAACAGGGAUCAGAUAAUUGACUUGGUAAUUUGUCUCAAUCUAAAAGGGGAUGUAUUUUCGAUAAUAUAGUGUCCUUCAUCCUCCAGUGCCGAUGCUGUUUGCAAGUUCCAGGCAGUUACCUGUGCUUCUUACCUACCAACUACAGAUUAGACAUUCCCAUGACCCUUGUUGGGUUUGACUAAUUUUCUAGAAUAACUCGCAGAACUCAGGAAAACAUUCACCAGUUUAAAGAAGGAUAUUGUAAGGGUACAACAGAGAUAAAGUGAUAUACAGGCAAGGUCUCCAAUAAAGGAGCUUCUGUCCUUGUGGAAGUUGGGGCCUGGCUCAGUGGCUCAUGGAGGCAUUCUGGUUCCACACACUGAGAAGGUCUCUUCAGGGGUUUUUGUUAGGCCUUCAUUGCAUAGCCAUGACUGAGUAAAUUCUCUAUUUGCUGGUUCAUCUUUCAGCCCCCACCACUGGGUGGUGGUGCAAAUGUCUCAUUAACGUGACAAGCCAACCAUUUCACCUUUAAGACUGCAAUGUUUCCAGGAAAUGUGGAUGAAGAUCAAAUAUAUCUGGGAAAGAUAUUCAUGUGAAUGAACACAUAAUUCGUAUGAUUCCUCUCACAUUGCCCCUUGAUGUUCAAAUACAAAUUCCUUACAACAAAGUGAACAUGCCUGUGAGAGUAAUGCCAUCUGGUAGACCAUUUCCACAACAGAACAGUAGGAACAAUGCAAAUAGCCCUAACAUAUCCAUAAGCCAGUGUGUAGGGGGUCAUUUAAAGAGACAACCCCUUUGUCCUGUAAAGCCUUAAGACCACAGUUUGUACCAGAUCGAUGUAACUGGCUUGCAGGCUGUCAAUCAGAUUGUCAUAUUCAAAAAAGCAGUGUUGGUCUUGGCAAACAUUUUCAACCUUCUGGGUGUCUGGUUUGCUUUUACUAAGAAUAUUCUGUUGCUCUGGUCCUCUCUUAAGGCAUUAAUAAAAUACUGGAUUUCUCUUCUUACGUAACCCAGUUACUCAUUUCACUACUCUCAGCUAUAAUUUCUCCUCCUCUCCAUUUGUCCUUUUUCUUUACCAAGACUCAACUCCUGUGAAAGCGAUGUUAGAUAUGGCUACUUACUAGUCCAGAAUACUGGCAGCAAUGUCUCUCCCGCAUUCCACUUCCACUCAUACAGGGUGGAGUUACACAGGUGCAGAGCUGGGGGUCUGUACCAGGCACUAGGCUGUGCAGCUGAGCUCACUUAGCCCCAAUUAUGCCAAAUGGGGUGGAGGUACAGCCCACCAGUCUCUCAAGAAUUCAGACAAAUGUUUAAGGGUGGGGAUCCAGAUUCUUCCUGGGAAAACUUCCCUGCUUCUGGUACCUGCAGAUGUAGCCCUGCAUCUGGGGCCACUGCAUCAGGCAGGAGAAAAGUAAAGUGAUGUUGGGAUGGACUGUAUAGUCACCCUAGCAUCCUCCCCAACCCCUCUACCCCAGGUCCCCCGAAAAUCAGAUUGACAUAUCCAGUGGGGACCCUCCCUUGGGCCCUGUCAUAUUCAGUGUGAGCACAUUAUUGAAGAUGUGUAAGCAACUCAAGAUGUGUAAGCAACUCCUGGCUUUAUAUCCCCCAUUUUAGACAGCGAAUGUUCCAACUGCCCAUUCCAAUUUUCUAUUAAACCAUUGCUCUGAUGAAGAAAAGGGACAUGGUGUGUCCAUCUGAUGUGAGGCCUCCUGGCCCAUUGUUGGAAACUGUGGGCUGGAAAACAUGUCCCUUGACCUGAGGAGAUGUACUCGCUAGUCCUAAUUGGUCACUUGUCUUUUGUUCCAAUCCUAUAAUCAUAUUUUGAGAGUUAUUAUCUACCACUGGGUAUGAAAAGCCCAUUCCAGAAUAAGUGUGUAGUGCACUGAGGGACCCAUUUAUGGCCCUGAGCAUAAGUGGCCUUGCUCCAGUGUAACGCACUUGCCAGCAAUGUGUGAGCCUUCCCCCUGGGGAAUUUUCCCCGUAGCCGCCUGCAGUCUUUGUCUUUUUGAUACAUUGAGUAGUUCUUGGCAUGUCUGUAUUGCUGCAGCUCCCCCAAGUCCUCUCAUUUCAUGGACCCAGGUGGCCACUUGAAGGGAACACACCCACAGGUCUCCUUGGUGGUUCCACUCACCUGAUCCUGGGAGAGGGCUCUUGUGGGCAUGCACUUGUCCUACUUUAAUGCACCCCUUUAAUUCCAGAGUGAUUUUCAUAAAUUUGUGGCUUGCUGUGGGAUUCUGUACUAGUCCUUUUCCCUUGCCCAUCUACUUGACCAUUAAUUCCAUUGCGUAUGGUCUGUGAGUCAGUAAAAGUCCAAACAUCGGGGCUUUUGUCAUAGUUUAGUUCUUCCAUCACUUCCAGGAGCACAGCAUGCAGUUCAGCCCACUGGGCUCAUCUGUUCUGACCUUCCUCGACCACUCUUACUCAUCUUAAGGAGAACGUUUCCAAACAAGACAUUGUCCAUCCAUCAUGGAACUGCCAUCUGUAAUCCAAGCAGCUCCUUGCUGUUAACUGAACUGUACAUGGCGCGGUGCGUCAGGGAUGUGCAAUGUCGGCCUUAGAGGAAAAGAGGCUGCCUGCUCAUGCACACAGUAUGGGCCCCCUUGCAUUCCCCUGCAGCUCCUCCUGUAUGAACCAUUUCCAUUCUGUUACGGAACUCUCGUGGGCACUGCCUGCAUUAAAGUAUUUCUCUGAUAUCACUCAAGAGGUUAUGGGUUUGUGAUGCUUCAAGGUCAUGUCCUUCAAUGUUUGAGGCAUGCGCAAUUCCCAACUGCAUGCUGAGAACUGUCUCAAAUGGUGUGUACUCGGCAGCACCGUCUGGGGUUUUUCUGACCCCAAGUCCCAAUAAUCCUUACUUGGAGGUGCUCAUGGGCUUUUGUCACAAGCUCCAGUCUGCAUGGGUACAGGGGGCAGACACUUCCAAAAUUAUACCUGAUUGGGAGGUCAUAAGGUCCCGAAGGUUUCAAGAGUGCAACUGCCUUUUGUAUGUAGUUCAGACUUGGCUGGCUUCAGUUCAGGUCCCCACACAAAAAAUAGCUUUCCUUUUGUGUCAUCUGAAAGAUGGAGAUAGGCGUGGAGUUUGCACCCUGAAAACCCCAAGUCAACAAACCAAAUGCUGCACCUUAUGUUUGUAUGUAGUGGUCGGUAGUGACAGCAGUUUACCAAUAGUCUCUGGUGGAAUAUCCCAGUGUCUUCUGGUCCAUAUUAUUCAUACAAAUUCUGCUGUUUGAGCAGAACCCUGGGCCUUUGGAGGAUUUAUUGACAAGCACUGGAUGUUUAUAUGUGUCACUGUGAUCACAUAAGGCCUAACCUGCUCCUGUGCUCCUAAUAUGUAUUGCUGCACUCGACACCUACACUGAGUCCAAGUUCCUCCUUACCAAGUAGUGACAAUAAGCUGGUGAGUUCAGAUAAUCCCGGUCACCACAGUAAAUGUGAACUGGGAUCCUUCCCAGAUGAGGGCAAACCGUAGCUCACCCUUCAGAGAUUGAAUACAGGAGAAAGAAUUUGGAAGAUCAGUGAAUAACAGUGUCCUUAAGCCUGCUAUGUUUUCUGUACGGUUGAGACCCUUUCCAGAACUGCUGACUAAGGCCAUGGCGGUAAAACUAUUUAAACCAUGAUAGUCUACUGAAAGUCCAUGAGCUGUCUGCCAUUUUCACAGGCCACACUGGACUGUACAGUGAAUUCUUGGGCACUACCACUUCAGUUUAUAUCAUGUUAAUAAAAUGGCGAUCUGUUUUUGUCUAUAAGGUGUUCUUCAAUAUUGCUCCGAGUUACCCACUUUUGUGGGCUGGGGUGUUUCUAAGGGUUCCCAUUUUAACAUACCCUGUCAAAACUGGCAGAGGCUAGGUCUACAUACCUCUUGUUUUACUGUGUUUGUAGGGGAAACAAUUGCCAGUGAGACACGUCCAUCCUAUAAUACAUUAAAACACAUGCAACCACUUCACACAAAAUCUCAAAUGUCCCGAUUUUAAUCCAGAAUUUUAUGUUGACCCAUCUACCAUUUCAUCCACAUACCCUCCCAAUCUAACAGUCCUUGAUUAAGCCUCACAAGUAGAUUUUGGAAUCACAGCACAUUUCGGCUCCCAAAAGGUUCCCCAGGAAAGUUUCUUCCCUUCCACCCAGCAACCCCUUCACCUCUGGCCAUAUUAUCCACACGUACGUACUCUCCGGUUGCUAUGUUGGAUGUGGUCAGAAACGCCUAAUCUUAUACUGGAUUAAUCUGACUGACCAGUGCCCAUGGGGAUCACUAGUUAGUUUUUCAUUGUAAUCAUGACCUUCGGGCUUUCAAAUUCCUGUGAACUGGGUUAAGUAUAACAAUAUUUUGAGCUUUUGUACUGUUGGGCAAACAGUGGGAUCUCAUGGGUCCAUGUAAUCUCCAUUAGUGCUUAAUUAAAACUUUUGUUUUAAACUCUCA